UGGAGGUUGGACGUACGCCGGGCUCUGUGAUCGCGCGCUGUGCUAUUUACUCGACGCAAAAUCUUUCUAUAAAUAUUAAUUUGGCUUUGAAUGGUUUCAUUUUGAAAACGAAAAGUGCAUGGAAAGCGAAGGAGUCUGUGUCAGUGGCUUUUUGAUGUUUUAUUGCUAAGACCGGUGUUGAAGGAACAAGUUUUUUCUUUUUUUUUAUUAAGAAGUUUUUGCGAACUUCGAGCGAAAGGGAUUAAUUCUAUUUAUUUAUUCGUUUAUCUAUUUAUCCCGUUUGUUUAAUCACUUCGGAAUUAUCUGCAUCAUGGAUUAUCUCAGGAGGUGUCGCAGUGUUGGAUGGUGUUGAUGGGCGGGCGUGGGCGGGAGCAGCGCCCCCCGCGGCACUAUGUGUGAGUGUGGCACUCCAGACGACGCCCCCGGCCCGGCCCGCAGGCCCGCGCGGGUGGACCAAGAGGCGGGCCAGUCUGCGGGCCACACACAUACCCGCACGCUGAUGGGGACCAGAUGUGGGCCGAGGGCGAGGGGGGUGGGCGUGAGUGUUCUAGUCUUUUUGGUGUUAGUGUUUGGGGCGUGUGUGGCAGCUGGACACCGGACACACCGUGCCAGCGGCGGUGCCAGCGGCGGUGACGGUGGCGCGGACGCCGCCGAGAGCGAGCACCCCCUCGUGGCGCAGUUCUGGACGCGCAACCAGAGUCUGGAGCUCCAGCACAUGGUGUACAACAGGGGCGCGGGCGUCCUGUACGUGGGCGGGACCAACCGGCUGUGGGCCCUGGGCGUGGAGCGGCUGGAGCUGCGGGCGCAGGUGGAGACGGGCCCGCGGUUCGACUCGCCGCGCUGCCACGCCUCCGGCUGCGGCCCCGAGCGCCGCGUGGCCAGAGUACUUACCGACAACGUGAACAAGGUGCUGGUGCUGGACCCCGAGGCCAGCACCCUCAUCAUGUGCGGCUCCGUGUCGCAGGGCGCGUGCGAGAAGUUCCGCACCGCCAACAUCUCCCUCACGCCAGAGUUCCUCCCGCGCUCCGUGGCCGCCAACGACCCCCUGUCGUCCACGUUCGCCUUCGUGGGGCCGGAGCGCUACAACCCGUGGGGCGGGUCGUCGGCGCUGUACGUGGGCACGACCUUCACCACCGUGGGCGACUACCGCCACGACGUCCCCGCCAUCUCCACGCGCAACCUGUACAACCUGGACUACGCCGAGUUCUCGUUCUCGGAGCAGUCGCUGCUGCGCAUCGACGUCAAGUACCGCGACCACUUCCUGGUGCAGUACGUGUACGGCUUCAACGCCAGCGACUACGCGUACUUCGUGACGGUGCAGAAGAAGUCGCACCUGCCGGGCCAGGAGGAGUCGGGCUACAUCUCGCGCCUGGCCCGCACCUGCAUCACGGACGCCAACUACGACUCGUACACGGAGAUCACGCUCGAGUGCCAGGGCGCCGACGGCACCAACUACAACCUGGUGCAGGACGCCAAGCUGGUGAGCGCCGGCAGCGACCUGGCCUCCAGCAUGGGCGUGGGCGUGGGCGACCCCAUCCUGGUGGGCGUGUUCGCGCCGUCGCAGGGCCACACGGCCAGCCCCGAGGCGUCGUCGGCCGUGUGCGUGUACUCCGUGCGGGACAUCGAGGCCAAGUUCAACGAGAACAUCCACAUGUGCUUCAACGGCUCCAUGCAGUACCGCAGCAUGGAGUACAUCUCGGGGCCCAUCCUGGACGGCAAGUGCCCCGCCGCGGGGACGAUGGGCAACAUCUUCAACUUCUGCGAGGUCGGCCUCAAGAUCUCGGGCGUGUCCCCGAUCCACUCGCGGGCGGCGCUCUUGUACCGCAACACCAGCCUGUCGGCGGUGCAGGCGGCCACCACCGCCCACCACACCGUCCUCUUCCUCGGGACGACCACCGGCUCGCUCAAGAAGGCGCUGCUGGCGGGCCCCGAGGACGCCGCCGAGUACGGCGAGGACGUGAUCGACGCCGGGAGCCGCGUCCUGCCCGACCUGGUUCUGGACGCCUCCGGGACGCACCUCUUCGUCCUCACCACCACCAAGGUGACCAAGUACCGGGUGGAGAGCUGCUCGUCCUACACCAACUGCUCCUCGUGUCUGGGGGCGAGGGAUCCCUACUGCGGAUGGUGCUCGCUCGAGAAAAGAUGCACCGUCCAGUCGGCGUGUCAGAAGGCGACCUUCUCGUCCCCUCGCUGGCUCAGCUUCGGCUCGGGGCAGCAGUGCAUCGACUUCGAGAUGAUUCUGCCGGAUCGACUGCCGAUCGACCACGAGGCUUCGUCGGGUUCCGGGGAGAAGGUGCAGCUGACGAUCCGGACGCUGCCGGAGCUGCCCGCCGGCGCCAAGUACCAGUGCGUGUGGGGGUCUGCGCCCCCCGCGGACGCCCUGGUCACGGCCACGGGGCUGACGUGCAUGACGCCCGCACGCGCGUUCCGGCCGCCCAUCGCGCCGCACCGCGACCACGUGCUGGUGCCGCUGGCCGUGCGCUCCAGCGAGACCAACAAGGACUUCGUGUCGCGCAACUUCGCCUUCUACGACUGCAGCCGCCACAACACCUGCGGCAGCUGCGUCAGGAGCGACUGGGCCUGCAACUGGUGCGUCUACGAGAACACGUGCACGCACAACGCGUCCACGUGCAGCGGUAACGUCGUGUCUGGGGAAAACGUAAGCAUCCUGCAGCUGCUGAGAGAGAACCCCGCGCAGCUCGCCUCGCACGGCUCGGGCUUCUGCCCGCGCUUCUGGCAGGACCAGACGCCGCUGCUGGCCGCCGACGGCGCCAAGAGCGAGCUGCAGCUGCUGGUGGAGAACCUGCCGGUGCCGCGCGUGGGCCAGCUCGGCUUCCAGUGCGUGGUGAGCAUCGAGGGCGCCACCAUGCUGGUGGGCGCGCGGGUCAUGGGCGCCGCGGACGAGGACGACGGCAGCAUCACGCCCACCACCACCGCCACCAGCAGCCACCAGUACCACCGGCGCGUGCAGCGCGUGGUGUGCGAGGCCACGGUGUACCGCUACGAGUCGGGCGAGGGCGAGUACGAGGCCCGCGUCACGCUGGUGUGGAACCGCGACCACGUGGUGGACGCGCGCCCGCUCACGCUCUACAAGUGCGGCGUGCUGGGCGCCCACCGCGGCCACCACGACUGCUCGCUCUGCGUCACGCGCCACCCGCGCUACCGCUGCACCUGGUGCGGCGCCGCCUGCAGGUACGCGCCCCACUGCCCCUCGCUCACGGGCGUCGCCGCGGCGUCGUCGGCGGGCGUGGCGGCGAGACCCACGAUGUUCGGAGGGCGCGUGGAUGCGAACGACGCCCGCCUGGCCCAGUGCCCCACGCCCAGGAUUGACGUGAUCCAGCCGCUGAUGGGCCCCCUGGAGGGCGGCACGCUCGUCACCAUCGAGGGCAGCAACCUGGGCCUGCGCGAGGAGGACGUGCGGGACAACGUGUUCAUCGGCGACGUGCCCUGCCGCGUGCACGAGUACCACGUGUCUGUACGGAUCACGUGCGUGACGGGGCCGGCGCCGCUCCGCCACGGAUCGUCCGACUCCGCCGACCUGCAGUUCCCCGUCAGGGUGACCACGCCCGCGGGGACCACGCAGUCCACCGUCAAAUUCACAUACACGAACGUGAGCGUGACGGGCGUGUGGCCGCCGCGGGGCCCCGUGUCGGGCGGCACCGUGCUCUCCGUCAGCGGCAGGUUCCUCAACGUGGGUUCGCACGUGGCGGCCACCCUCGACAACCUGCCGUGCGUCGUCAACAAGACGCAGUCGUCGUCGCACCGCCUCGUGUGCACCACGUCGCGGGCGUCGGGCGCGCACGAGGGCGGGGAGGCGCCGGUGGCGGUGCGGACGCUGGUGGUGACGGUGGACGGCGCGCGGCGCUCCCUCGCCACGCCCUACACCUACACGCCCGACCCGCAGGUGUUCGAGCUGAAGCCCCUGCGCAGCCCCUGGGGCGGCGGGCGCCUCGUGACGGUGCACGGCUCCAACCUGGACGCCAUCCAGGCGCCGCGGAUCACCGUCAACCUCUUCGAGAAGGUCCUCAACUCGUCCGCGUGCCGCGUCCUGAGCCCGGGCCAGAUGGAGUGCCCUUCGCCGCCGCUGGACCGCGACGCCGUCCUGGCCAUCCUCGAGGCCCACGACUCCCUCCGCCGCAGGCGCCGCAGCCGCAGCCGCAGGUCGCACAAGGCGCAGCGGUCGCCGCGGCGGCGCGACCACGACGGCGACGAGGUGGGCGUGGACGUGGGCUUCGUGAUGGACGGCGUGCUGUCGGUGCUGCACCUGCGGAAGCACUUCCCCAGCGUGCGCUCGCGCCUCGUCUACCUCGCCGACCCCGUCUACUACACGUUCCCGCACGGCGUCAAGCUCUACAAGGGCGACACGCUGGUGAUCGAGGGCGAGCACAUCAACGACGCGGCCGACGAGAGCGACGUCAGGGUGACCAUCGGCACCGCCGUCUGCAACGUGACGUCCCUGGCCGCCACGCAGCUGGUCUGCACGCCCCCCGAGGACCAGCCGGCGCCCACGGACGAGCGCGGGGCGUCCACGCCCGAGCGGCUGCCGCUCGUGGUGGUGCACGUGGGCCAGUACCUGCGCUACCCGCUGGGCGUCCUGCGCUACGAGCGGCACCGCAGGUUCCCCCUGACGCCCGAGGGCAUCGCGGGGCUGGCCGGCGGCGCGCUGUUCCUCGUGCUAGCGUCCUUCGUGGUGCUGGCCGUGUACCGACGCAAGUCCUCGCAGGCGGAGAGGGUCUACAAGCUCAUGCAGCUGCAGAUGGACAGCCUCGAGAGCCACGUCCGCACCGAGUGUAAACAAGCCUUCGCCGAGCUGCAGACCGACAUGACCGACCUGACCGCCGACCUGGAGUCCUCCGGCAUCCCGACCUUGGACCACCGCGCCUACGUCAUGAAGGUCUUCUUCCCCGGCGUCGUCGACCACCCCAUCCUCGCCGACCCCAAGGCGCGCGCGCACGGCCCCCGCACGAACUACGACGUGGCGAUGCUGCAGUUCGAACAGCUGAUCGCGAACAAGCACUUCCUUCUGUCCUUCAUCGACACCCUCGAGUCCCAGAAGUCCUUCAACAUCAGAGACAAGGUGAACGUGGCGUCCCUGGUGACGGUCCUCCUGAUGGGCCGCAUGGAGUACCUGACGGAGGUGCUGCGGUGCCUGAUGCUGCGGCUGGUGUCUGCGGCCGCGGCCACCAAGCACCCGCAGCUGAUGCUCCGCCGGACAGAGAGCGUGGUCGAGAAAAUGCUAACCAACUGGCUGGCGCUCUGCAUGUACGGCUAUCUGAAGGACGACGCCGGCACCGCCCUGUUCCUGCUGUACAAGGCCAUCAAGCACCAGGUGGAGAAGGGCCCCGUCGACGCCCUCACGCACGACGCCCGCUACUCGCUCUCGGAGGAACGCCUUCUCAGGGAGCAGGUCGACUUCAAUCCUGUGAACAUCCACCUGCUUCAUGAUGACCCUCACUAUGAAAAAAUACCCUACCAGACGACCUAUAGUACGCUGGCCAUGUACGCCGAGGAGUACGAGGAGAAGGUGCAGGUCAAGGUCCUGGACUGCGACACCAUCACGCAGGUCAAGUCGAAGAUCCUGGACGCCCUCUACCGGAACACGCCGCAGUCCCUCCGACCCUCCGUCCACGAGGUCGACCUUGAAUGGCGUCACGGGCGCGCCGGGCGGGUGACACUCAGCGACGAGGACCGCACGACGCUGACGGGCGUGGGCGGGUGGCGCCGCGUCAACACCCUCGCCCACUACGGCGUCAGGGACUCGGCCGUCAUGGCGCUGAUCCCGAGGCAGAACGACUCCUUCUCGUCCAACUGCACAGGCUACUACUCAUACGCUAACAGUGUGUCACCCUUGAACUCUCCUGUAGUCGAGGGUGGCGUCGGCGGCGACGGCGGCAGCGGCACCAUGGGUCGCGGCGGCGGCGGCCCCGGCGUGCAGUUCUACCACCUGGUGCGCACGCCGGAGGACUCGGCGUCGGGCACCCUGGGCUCGUCACGGGACGGGCGCGACCGCACCUACGGCACCCACAAGGCCAUCCCGGAGAUCUUCCUGACGCGGCUGCUGUCCACCAAGGGCACGGUGCAACAGUUCGUGGACGAUUUCUUCCGGACCAUCCUGAGCGCCAACGACGGGCUGCCGCCGGCCGUCAAGUGGCUGUUCGACCUGCUGGACGACGCCUCGCGCGCCCACGGCAUCACCGACCCCGAGGUCAUCCACGCGUGGAAGUCCAACUGCCUCCCGCUGCGCUUCUGGGUCAACUUCAUCAAGAACCCGGACUUCAUCUUCGACAUCGCCAAGACGUCCACGGUCGACUCGUGCCUCUCGGUCAUCGCGCAGACCUUCAUCGACGCCUGCUCGACCACGGAGCACCGCCUGGGCAAGGACUCGCCCUCCAACAAGCUGCUCUUCGCCAAGGACAUCCCGCGGUACAGAGCGCAGGUGAAGAGCUUCUACAGCGACGUGUCGAGCGCGCAGCCGGUGAGCGAGCAGGAGCUGGGCCAGCACAUGCAGCAGCUCUCGGCCGCCCACCAGGGCCACUUCGACAACCUGGCCGCCCUCAAGGAGCUCUACAUCUACGUCACCAAGUACCACGAGCUGAUCCUGGAGUCCCUGGACGCGGACCCGUACUGCCGCAAGCUGAGCCUGGCGCACCGCCUGCAGUCCAUCGGCUACAUUCUGGAGUCGUACAGCCACGCCGGGCCGGUGGCGCCCAUGCCGCCCCUGCAGCUGGCGGGGCAACUCUCCGAGCUGUGAACGCCCACACAAUGACGCCGCCCGCGGUCUCUCCUCCAGGGACGCCCACCAGUGAACGCCCUCGCGAUGCGCCGCGACCUGACGGCAGACACUCCCUGUGGACACGAACCCUUUUUAUAGCAAAGACUUGGAAGCGGCUCCU